UUUUUUAGAGAGAGAGAGAGAGAGAGGAAGAGAGAGAGAGAAGGAGAGGUUUUUGUGCUUUUUUAAUGUCCUCUCCAUUUAGUUAGAGAUCAUUUUCAAUACAAAACCAGAGAGAGAGAGAGAGAGAGAGAGAGAGAAGAGAGAAGAGAAUUGAAAUGACUUGAAUUGCUUUUCCUUUGUUCUAAUUCCCUUAAAUUACCUUUUCUUUGAAUUCUCCAUUCUUUGUUUUGCAUUUCUCAAGGAUUUUGAAUUCUCCAAUCUUUAUUUGUUUUUUCUGUACACACUUUGUAGAUUUUAGUCCGAAGAUCUUUUCUUUGAGUGAAGGAAUGUGGGCAGUGUAAUUGACAUGUAUGCUUAAGAUAUGGUGCUGAAGAAGAGACAAGAUUAUGGUUUCAAUGGCUUCCAUCUUCCCUUCAUUCCCAGGGCUCCUAGAUCAGCUAGACCGAGGGGUCUGCAUAAAAAGAAAGUUGAUGAUAGUCAAAUAUGUCCAUUUGAAUUACUCGCUUCUUUAGCUGGAAAACUCUUGCAGGAGAGUGAAAGUUCUGCUUCUAGCAGUGCUUCUGAACCAAACGAUCGGCCUGCAAUUGGUGAUGAUGUUUUUAAACAGAAGCAAGAUGAAGAUAAAGCGCUAAAAACUGAGUGCCUUGACCAGGGAAGCUGUGAAGAAAGUGUUUUUAUCCCUAAGUUUGCCCUAUCAAACAGUGAUAAAAAGUGCAUUCUGAAGGAAUCCAGACAUGCUGAAAGUGAUUCCAUUCUGGAGCACUCAAUAAUCACAAAUUCAGAUUCCUCAGUGAAAAUUAGCAGUGAUGUGAAGUCUAUGAUUUGCAAAAGCAAGACUUCAAGUGAUAAUUUCCCUUGUAAAAUAGAGGGAGGCUCUCCUCAUGCUAGGGAAUGUAGUGGUGAUAUGGAAAAUGGAUUCAGCAGACAUCUAGAAACUGAUGCUCUGGAGACCGGAGGCUUGACUAUUGAUAACACAUCCAAUUUAAAGGAUCCCAUGGACUUGUGUAUGAAAUUUCCUGCACUAAUCAAUUCAGAGAAUGAUGUCAAAUUGCCAUCAUGCAGGGAUCCUGUUCCUAAAGCCUCUAAUUUAAGGCUUAUGAAUGAUAGUAAAUUAGGUAUCAGAGAUGAUGACGAAAACUUUUCUAGUUGUAAUAAGCCUGGCACCAAGCCAAGGGCAUUUAGGCUGCCAUCCCGAAUUGGGGAUCGAAGAAUAAGAAAAUUACUGACAUCUAAAUACUGGAAAGUAGCUCCAAAAUUGAAGGAUUGCGAACUUUCCAAAGUUGCUUGUUUAGAUGGGGGAAUGAGGCCUCUUUAUCGCAAGCGGAAAAUAUGUAACAGUCAUGAAAGAUAUCAACAUGACACUCUCUAUAAGAGGAGGAAGUUUUCUGAUCAUAGCUUAGUUGUGACUUCUGAUGGAGGGUUCAGCAGUGAGAGUGUUUGUAAUUCUCCAGGAAAUGGCAUAAAUGUAGACAAGAAUGCUCCUACUACAAUGUUUCAUGGAGCAAAUGGGGUAUCAAUGUCAUCAUCAAUUAUAGGUCAUCAAGCUUCUUUCCAUUCCAAGGAUUCUCAUGUGAAGUUCAGCAUUAAGUCCUUCAGGAUACCAGAGAUUUUUAUUGAGGUCCCUGAAACUGCAACUGUUGGUUCACUGAAGAGGACAGUUAUGGAGGCUGUGACAGCUAUACUUGGAGGUGGUUUACGUGUUGGAGUGCUUCGUCAUGGAAAGAAGGUUAGGGAUGAUAACAGAACCUUAUUACAGACUGGUAUCAGUUCCAAAGAGAACCUUGAUACCUUGGGUUUCACAUUGGAACCUAGUCCUGUGCAAGCUCCUCCAACUGUGUGCACUGAAGAUCCUCCCAUUCCAUUACCAUGUGACAGCACUCAACUCCUACCAAGGUCCCCAGCUGCUCCUGUUUUAGAUUUGGGGAUUUCUGAUGCCUCACCUGGCCCUCCUCAACUGACUAGUUCAGGCAAUAACAUUGACAGUAAUCACGAAUCAGGUUCCUCUCAUACUGACAAAUUAGCCGACAAAACACUGUCAGAUUCCAGAGCUCUGGUUCCAGUUCCACCUGUUAGUGUUGAGGCACUUGCUGUGGUUCCUGUUAACCAGAAAGCUAGGCGAUCUGAACUUGUACAGCGUCGAACCAGGAGACCGUUCUCUGUCUUAGAAGUAGAAGCACUAGUGCAGGCAGUUGAGGAGCUUGGAACUGGAAGGUGGCGUGAUGUUAAGUUGCGAUCUUUUGAAAAUGCUGACCAUCGAACUUAUGUGGACUUGAAGGAUAAAUGGAAGACAUUGGUUCACACGGCUAAGAUUGCCCCUCAGCAAAGAAGGGGUGAGCCAGUGCCCCAGGAACUCUUGGAUAGGGUCCUGGCUGCUCAUUCAUACUGGUCUCAACAUCAGGCUAAGCAACAUGGCAAGAAUCAGGCUGCAGUUCUAAAGAUAACAGAGACACACGGUGGUAGAAAUGGAGUUGAAGGUGAAAUUCUCUUGUUAUGAUGUAAAAAAGCAAGAAAAUUGUUGACCGGAACAGGGAAGAAGAAACUUGUACAAAUGAUUUAAAUCUCUGUAAUAUUUUCUCACACUCACAUGAUUCAUUGCCACCUUCCCAAUGUGGAAGGGUGUGGCAUUUGUAAAUGAUUGGAUGGAAUAAAGAACACUCUAACAGAAA